UCCUGUUAUCUUUUGUUACCGGAUUUUUGCAGCUCUCUCUCUCUCUCUCUCUCUCUCUCUCCGUUUCUUCAAUUAGGGUUUCCUCUUUCAGGCCUCACCUCCUGUAAUUAUUAAACCUGCGCAGCUUCCAGUUUCACAGUCACAGACUAAACCUACUCUAUCUUGGAAGAAACAAACAACUGCUCUAGAAAGAGCUACUUCAAGGGAAAAAGGUACUUCCCUUUUAUAUUCAUCUCAUCUCAUCAUCAAAGAAACCUAGAUCACCAACAGUGAAAAUGGCUUCAUCCAGCUCUUACAAUUCUCCAUGUGCCGCCUGCAAGUUCUUGAGGAGGAAAUGUAUGCCCGGUUGCAUCUUCGCACCAUACUUCCCACCGGAGGAGCCUCAGAAAUUUGCCAAUGUUCACAAGAUCUUUGGUGCAAGCAAUGUGACAAAGCUACUUAAUGAGCUCCUUCCUCACCAAAGAGAGGAUGCUGUGAAUUCCCUUGCUUACGAAGCUGAAGCAAGAGUAAGGGAUCCAGUUUAUGGUUGUGUAGGUGCCAUCUCAUUCCUCCAGAGACAGGUGCAAAGGCUCCAGAAGGAACUUGAUGCGGCUAAUGCCGAUUUGAUCCGUUUCGCCUGUAAUGAAAUACCAACAGCCCUGCCUGUACCACCCGGGGUGAGUUCGAUUCAACCUAUGGUGCCUCGCCAGAGGCCAGUUGAGUUUAGUAGAAGAAUUGGUAAUGAAGGAGAUGCCUUUUAUCAGCCUCCAUCUUACUCUCAUCCUUAUAUUCUUCCUUGGAGUGACAACCCUUCAGGGGAUAUCAACGAUGGAGGAGGAGAAGGCAAUAAUAUGUGAAAUUAUAAGACCCAUUCAAUGGUAAAAAACCCAUCUAGGUUUUUCUCUGUGGACAAGACCUGAUGAUCAAGAUCUCAUUGGUAUGGUGCUAUAUAUUUGGUUGAGGUUUCUAGCUAGAUAGCGUCACAUGGAUUCUUCUAGCUAGAUCACUUUGAGUUUAUGUUCGCAUUUUUUCUGGUAGAUUCAGUAUUUAUCAUCCUAAAAACAUGGGGUUUAAGCAUGGUGUCAGUGUUUUUAAUGUGCAGUUUGAAAACCUAAGCUAAAUAAGGCUUUAGAACAUAGCGUUAGUGUGUGGCUACUAUAGCUUUUUCUUGUGUCAAACUGUCAAUUGUGCAGCUCUAGCCAUGUGCAUGCGGAGUUGUUGUCCUCUGUGUCAUAGUUAAUUAAUGCUUAAGAAUAAAAGUUUCAAGUAUAUUAAGUAAAGAGGAU